CCGCCAAUGCAGUACUCCGUGAAUGUCGACCCAUUGAUGCACUCGCAGAUCUACCAAGAGCCGCAGCUUUCGUCCCCACUCUGGUCCACAGCAGCUCCCAAUGAUCAUGCUCCGACGCAGCAGUCUGGCAAUGGGCCAAUGCUCCUUCUGAUGCCACCAUUGCCAGUGCAUUCGUUGUCUCCAUCCCCUUUGUCGCCAAUGUCCCCAUCGCCCUUGUCCCCGACCUUCUCGCCAUCACCAUUGUCUCCAAUGUCAGGCGAUUUCUACCCUGGCAGUCCCGUGCGCUGCAUGCGGAACAGAUGUGCGGACGAAUCGCCAGAUGUCACCAGUCCGGUGACCAACAGCCGCAGUUCCAAGGGCCCGAUCUCAAAGCUACAGGAAUUCGUCCAAAGCAGCAAAACACAUCCACUUCCCAGCAGUUGUGCAGUGCUUCAGUGGAGUCAUGAGAAUCGCAUGGCCGGAUCGAGCCUUCAAUUCCGUGCCACCACCUCGUUCUUGCUUGAUGGUGUGCCGCACCAUGUCCUUGGUGGAUGGUGGCCAUCCAAAAAGCAAUCCCAGCGUGAUGCGGCUGAGCGAGCAUUGGCCUUCUUCAUCGGCAUGUGUGGGCAAGAACUGUCAAAGGGACAGCAAGGCAACAGUGGCUACAAAUCUCGUGGGCAAAAUGAUGCCAAGCACGAAGAGGACCCAGAGGUCAUGGAUUUGCAAGAUUUUGUGGGACAGCAGCUGCAGUGGAGCUGCCGGUGGGAGGCGCAAGAGGAGCAAACCCAUGACUAUGGGGCAUUAUGCAAGGCCACAGUGGAGUUCACAUACCUCGGCAUUCCUCACGUAUUUGCGGGCAAAGCUUGCACCGGCAAGUCUUUGGCCAAAGCAGAUACAGCACGUCGGGUCCUAUGGUACUUGCACGCCCCUGGGUAUGAGAACGCUUUCGAGGUCGAGCAGGAGCAUGUCAAGGCA